AUGUUCAAUGUUUUAAAUUUUUAUUUCUCUUAUUGUUUGUUCUUAUUGUUGGGAGGUGAGGAACCUACGGCCUGGGGACUGCGUAUGGCCCUCCAGUCCGGUCUAGUUUUUGGGCCUUUCCCUGGGCCAACCCCUUUCCCCAGACAGCACCCCUCACUCAUCUCUCCUGGAAUAUUUUUGCCCCAUUGGAAUGUGUCCUUGAACUCUGCCAGAAUGGGAGAGGUGGGGGGGGGCAUCUGUAGAAAUUGGCCGGCUGUACAGUUGCAUCUGUUGCUUCCUCCAUCUCUGGCCCCAUCCACUGUGGUAUGUGGCCCUCAGAAGGCUGCCCCUAAGGAAAGGUAG